AUGCUACCAUUAGCCUCUUCAGGAAGCUCCUGGCUCAAAGCCAAUGCCUUUAGCUCUAUUGUCUUGGCAUCCGUGUGCUGCGCUGCCACCAUUCCUUAUAAUAACAGUCUUGCCAUCCAUCUACCAUCUUACGGAACUUUUGAUGGCACAACCUUGAAUUCAACUACAUCAGGGUACCCUCUCGCGAAGCCUGUUGAUGUAUGGUACGGUAUCGAUUAUGCAACGCAACCGAUUGGAGACUUACGAUUUUCACCCGUCGGGUGGCCGUUGCCUUUUAACGGAACGCGGAGCGCGAAAUCAUACGGCAAAGUCUGUAUACAAGAACCCGGCAACUCCAAUUUGGUGACUUUCAUCAAGACGGAUUUAGAAUAUGGAGAGGAUUGUUUGAACAUGAACGUUUACAGGCCCUCUGGAGUGAGCUUUGAGAAAAAGCUGCCUGUGCUGGUUUGGAUCCAUGGAGGUCUCUUCCGUAACUCUGCUGGCAUAACUUGGGACGGAGCCUCUUUUGUAGCCGCUUCUCCAGAGCCGGUAAUUGUCGUCACAUUCAACUAUAGGCUUGCUGCCCUGGGAUUUUUAGCGUCGCCUCUUCUCGCUGAGAACGACCUGGUUAAUCUAGGUCUCCAAGACCAACACCAACUUCUUCGUUUUGUUCAAAAAUACAUCUCGAAUUUUGGCGGAGACCCAACUCGCGUCACUUUGGGAGGUAAAUCUGCCGGUGCUCACUCUGUGGGCUUUCACUACCAGAACCCGUUCAAGAAGGGAGUGGAGCUAUUUCAGCAGGCAAUCUUUCAAUCCGGUGGCCCAACUGGGCGUUCCUUCCCGAACGCGUCGGAUACACUUAUCGUUCACCAAUAUGAACAGUUUCUGGAAAGAGUCGGGUGCCGUAAUAAUAUUAGCAUUGAAGCUCUGUUGAAGUGCCUAAGGCAACUGGACGUCAAACUCAUUGAAGAAACAUCCACCGCACUGUUGGCUGAGUACCGUUUUGACGGCACACAUCCUUUUCAACCUGUUUCUGGUGCCGUUAUAAUACCGCAGCUUCCCUCGGAGUCUUGGGAUCUAGGGCUAUGGAACCAUUUACCAGCCCUUACUUCUUUUAUCACCGACGAAGGAACUUUGUACGCCCCUACGAACUUGACUACAGACGAUCAAGCGUGGUCUUGGCUUUCUAACCUGUAUCCGGGGCUUGAUUCAGCUGACAAGGAGACUUUUUCCCGUCUAUACCCUGACCCGCAGACUUAUGCAGACUCGCCAUUUGCGGAUGCUCGUGGAAAGUCCGCUCAGUUCACCCGGCUCUCUGCUGUUUAUGGCGAUACAACAUACAUCAGUUGCGCACAAGAGAUUGCUUCUCGCCUCUCAGCAGAAGAUGUUCCGGUGUGGAAGCUGCACUGGAACAGCAAUAACAGCAUCACCCCAUACCUCGGUAUUUCUCAUAGUGCCGACGUCCCAUACGGAUGGGCUGAGCCUGGCACGCAGUUUCCGGGAGCUGGAACGAUACUCGCUAGGUACUAUGCAAGCUUCGUUACAAGCGGCGAUCCUAACCAGCACAAGGCAACGGACGCUGUGCACUGGAGGAAGUAUUCAGAGGCGGGCUCUGACGGCUUAGGAUGGCAAGUUAAUGUGAGCCCUAAUGGAACUUGGAUUGAGCGGGAUGAGGUGAGAAGAGAAGCGAUCGAAUACUGGAGAGCAAGUCCGAGAAAGCUAGACCAUUGA